UGAGUGGGUGGAUGGGUGAGUGAGUGGGUGGGUGCGUGGGCGUGUAAACAUCGCCACUGGGGGGAUAGAAGCCGGCCGGGCGUGGCCCACCCACCCCCUCGUUCGUCCACAGUUCCGGCUUUUAAAUAGCACUUGCCCCUCCAGACUGCCCAGGCUACACGGGGGACCUUUGUCUCUGUAGUCGCUGUGCAAGUAGCGCGUUGCUCGCCGCGUUUAGCCGCCCCACGCUACCCUCUCACCCCCCCAUCUCCGAUCAGAGGAAACAAGAAGAUGCUCCAUGUAGUCGGCACUUUGCUUCGUUCAUCAUUUCGCUUUUUUUGUUUGUUUUUCAAUGCUUUGCUUGAUGUGCCCCCCCACCACCGCUUUUUAAAUGAAAUAUUUCACGCUCUGCUCUCCUCGUUCUUGUGCCGGGCGCUGGACGCGGGGCGGUGACUCCGCUCCCCCCUGCUCCAGGAAGGCUCCGGGUUUUCGUCUCUGCGCCCGAUGGAGGCGUUCGUCAAGCGAGAGAACGAAGAAGAGAGGCCGCCCUGGGCGGAGCUGCGGGCUGAGGUGACGGCACGCGGCAGCGGUGAGGCUUCCAUUCGGAUCAAAGAGGAAGAUGACCGGUGCCCACCGACUGCUGCUGUUGGCGCUGGCGGUGGUACUGCUGGAGAGGACAACCCGACCGUCAAAGAGGAGGACCUUCACAUCAUCGAGGUGGACUUCCAGACCGAGGGAGAAGUCACCCAGCACCUGAUGGUGGCCGAUGGCUCCUCCUCCUCCUCUGUGGCGGUGGUGGAGCCAGGGGGAGGGUCGUGGCUCUCACCGGGAAGAGGCCGGGUGGAUUCGGCGCGCGUGGCGGAGAUCGAGGUGGUGCUGGAGGAGGACGACGACGAUGCAACAGAAGAGGCGGACGAUGACGACGAUGAUGCCAUGCCCCGAAGUCGCUCGACUAAGACGGCCAGGAAGGGGUUUGUGGGAACGUUCGGCCUGAGGGCGCCACCACUCCACCGCUCGAAGCUCCGCGGCGACCUCUGGGCUCACCAGGGGGGCGACCUUCGGAUCUACCAAAGUGACCUCCGGGGUCGCCAGGGCGACCUCUGGGGUCGUCAGGGCAACCUUCGGAUUCACCAGGGAGACAUACAAAUCCACCAGGGCGACCUUCAGAUUCCCCAAGGCGACCUCCGGGCUCGCUGGGGCGACCUCCGGGCCCCGGUCUCCAUUCCGAGCCACGGCCGAGACGCGGCAGGGAGCCGCCGCUCGGUGAGGAUCAGGAGGCGCCACGUCGUUGCGCUUCCGCCGCGGACUUUGGGGAGAGCCCCCGAGAUGGCCGGCGACGAACGGACGGACAGGCGCUUCAACGACGACGCUGCCACCAGUGGUGGUGGUGCUGAGGAGGAGGUGAAGGAGGUGAAGGAGGAGGCGGAGGAGCGAGUUGUCGCGCCCAGCGCCUUGAGAAUCUCGGACCCGGAGGUGGCGCUUGUGUUUUUCCUGGCGCUGGUCCUGCGCGCGCUGCUGGGCGCGGCGGAGAUGCGACGGAGGGCCGACCGCGCGCGGAUGAGGAGGGCGGCGGCGGCGGACACGGCCGUGGCGUUCCGCGGAGGAGACGUCGGCGGCGGUGGCUUGGAUCGGCUGAACGAGAUACUGGGCAGGCGGCGAGCGGCCAGAAGGAGAAUCCUGCACUAUCUGUUCCAGCGCAAGCGCAGGGCUUCCGUGUGGACGCACGUCCGCUCCUCCGACUGGUGGGAGCGGGAGGCGAGCUCCUUCACGGACGCCCAGUGGCUCCGGAGCUUCGGCUUGUCACGCGACGCCUUCGCCGGGAUCUGCAGCGCCCUGGGGCCCGCGCUGCAGAGGCGCGACACGACCUUCCGCCUGUGUGUGCCCGUCGACAAGAGGGUGGCCAUGGCCUUGUGGAAGCUGGCGAACGGCGGCGGCGGUGGCGGCGGUGCUGGCUACAAGGGCGCGGCGCAGCUAUUCGGCGUGAGCGUCACCACGGUGUGGCGCUGCGUGCAGGAGUUCUGCAGCGCCGUCUCCCAAUCGCCGAGCGCAGAGCGGCUGGCACAAAUGACCCAAGGAUUCCGCCGGCGAUAAGAGGGCAGGAGCAGAGCCGGCGGCAGGAGCGGGGCCAGAGCCGGAGCCAGGGGCGGGGCCAGAGGCGGAGCCAGUGGCGGGGGCGACGCAGGGACAGGGGCAGGACAGAGGUAGGGCAGAGGCACGGGCAAGGCAGAGGCAGUGGGUUAUGACAAAGAUCGCGAGCGAAAAAAUAGGGAGAGAAAUGAACUUAAAGGCUUCCCACGUCCACCCAUUCUCCGCAUAGGAUCAUCGGCCGUCGUUCAGGGUGUUUAGGGCAGGCUUCGACAUACGAACGCAAUUCCCAAGAUACCCCCGUUCGUAAGUCGGAAUGGUUCGUAAGUCGGAACGCAACAAUGCACCGUAUUUAAAUGGGCCAUGUGGUCAGAGUUAUGACGUGUGUUAUGAUUCGACAUAAAGGAAACAUUGUACAUUUGCAUGUAAUACUGUAAAAUAAAAACACUAGUAAAUAAAACAUAAAAUUAAGUAACAAAU